AGCCAAAGAUGUGAAAAGUCGCCCGUAAUCCGUUAAAAUUGGUGUUUAAUUCGGAAUAGUUCGAGAUGAAAAGACCUAGUUCACGACAGAUCAUGAAUUCCAUAAGAAGACUUAGCUCAGUGUAUUUCAAGUAAAGUAGUGUGCGAUUUUGCCCCCCUUUUACCACCCCACAACUUUGGUGGUGUGCUACGCCUACUACUCCUUUCGCGUAACCAUCAGAAGCUGGUGUGCGAAUCCCGAAACAAGUGUGAGUGCGCGAAUGAAAUAAUCGCCUACUCUGUGAUAAACACGGUUGUGAUUGUGAAUGGAGAACUUCGACUCGGGGGGGUUUGUGUUGGUUGGCACAGUUUUCUGCAGCUGUGUGUGUCCGCGCUAAGCUCAAUCGGAGGAUGAAUCGCUCUAAUCAGACCAUCGCAUACUACGGCCAAAACACAAACACCACUCCAAAAGCCAGAAAUUGAUACACUAACCUUUCGAGCGUGGUUUGUUGGUGUGUUUUGCCGUGGCCUGGCCUGCUGCGAUUGUGUAGUAUAUUUCAAGCAAAACGAACGCAACAGCAGCACCAGAAAGAAGGAAGCAGCAGAAGAAGAGAGUUCGACCGUCGUCGGGGGAAUCUCUUUCGUUUCGCGGGGCCAGACCAGACCUGACCAACCAGAGCCAGAGCUCACCAGCCAGCCAGAUUUAUUGGGUCCGCGCGGAACAAUCGUCGUCGUGUAACCGUGUCGUGUCGUGUCGUGCUGCGGAAGAGAACACAAGAGAAAGAGGGGAGGAGGGACUAAAAAAGGUCGAAAAACGGACUAAAAAGUGCUACGAAAGUUGGCCAUUUGCACGGUGCCAGUGCCCGGUUCCGAGCGGGACGGUUCCGGAGGUCACCACGACGGCGAUGGAGGUGGAAACCAGUAUCAUCAAGGACGAAACGGUCCGCAGCAGCAGCGGAGUGCGCGGUAUUAGUAUUGCUGCUGGACAGCACCACACCAACCGAAGGGGCGGUCAUCACCAUCACAAGACGACGACGGCUGCGCCUCCUCCUGUGAGUAGUAAUGUCGCGACGAUUGCGCCACCGCCGGGAACGACCGUCACCGUACGGGUUGGCCUCAACAUGAACAUGUGCCGGCUGUGUUUGGCCGAGGGAACCGCCAGCACGCGACUCCAGCCGGUGUUCUACACCAAGGACACGCCGGACGAGGCGCUGCUGCAGAGGAUUGCGGAGCUGACCACGAUACAGGUACAAUACGCGACGGAUUUCCCCUCGUCGGUCUGCAUCGGCUGUCGGAGCAAGCUGGAAGAGUACUACCACUUUCGGCGGCAGUGCAUCGAAAACGACGAAAUCCUCAAGAUCAAGUACUACGAGAUUAAGGCGGCCGAGGACUACCAUCGCGAGCAGCUUCAUCAGCAAUCGCUGGCCCAGGAACAGCAACAGGUUGAACAGCAAGAGUCCGCCAAGGGUGAGGAGUACAUCGACGACGGGGACGACAUUACGCUGGCGAUCGACGAGUCGGCCGAGGUCGAAGAGUACCAGGAGGAGACCGAAGAGGACGAAGCUCAACAGCAGCAGCAGCAACAGCAGGUUGUAGAACAGCAAACGAUUCAGUACGCGGACGGAACCGUGUCGACGGAGUACGUGGAAGCAACGCCCGGCGACGAUGUACGAACCGUUUCGAACUCGUCCCAGCAGCAGCAGAUUCACAUCGCCGGGUACAGCGAAGCCGAAGGUGGUACCACCACGAUCCAGGCGGCCGAAGGUCACGAGAUUUACUACACCGACGGAACGGACACGUACGCGAUCCACACGACGACCGAGGGCUACGUGAACGCGGCGAAUUACGUUCCCCAAGGGUACGACAAUCAAACCGAGAUCGAGUGCACCACGAUCGAGCACCUCCCCGAAGAGGAAGUCUACAUGGACGAGGGCGGCUCAGUCGGAACGAUCAUCACCCCGCGAGGCGUCCACGAUCGGCCGUACGUGUGCAAACACUGCAAAACCAGCUUCAAGUACGAGUACAACUACGAACGGCACAUGAAGAACCACGCCAAGGUCCUCUAUCGCUGCGGCAAGUGCUCCAAAACCUUCACCAAGCAGCGCAAAUGCCAACAACACUUCCUCAAAGCUCACUCCUCCCAACGCUACGAGUGCGACAUCUGCUUUCGAACGUACUCCCUCCCAACCCGGCUCGAAAACCACGUCAUCGAAAUGCACUCGGAAAACGGCGUCUACAAGUGCGACCGGUGCAGCGAAACCUUCACCUCCUACCUGGACUUCAAAUCCCACCGAAACACCCACCACGUCACCGUCAACGGCUCCAACCCCCCAACCACGGUCAUCGCCCAAAUCUCCGACCAACCACAAACGCAAGAACCACCCACCUCCCCGCAACCCACCCCAAGUCGCACCGCGACCUCCAUCAGCACGCGCUCCUCCGUAUCGGACAGCUGCGACUUCGAGGUCAUGAUCGACGAAACCAAGAUCCAGAAACCCUCCCCCACCCUCCCCGAAACCGCCUCCGUCGCAGAAAAGCGACCCGAGCAGGACCUCGCGUGCCUCGAGGAGGAACCAAUCAGUCGGAAGCAGCCCAAAACCACCCUCAACAGCAGCCCGAGCAGUGUGGUACCGACGACGACAAUCGCUACUCCACCUUCGGUAGUCGUAAAAAAUACGACAUCCGCCGCAGCGACGGUCAUCACGAACGGGAUCGAUAAGAACUCGCUGCAUCGGCAGCUGCUGCAGCAGAUUGAGGAGAGCGAGGCGAUUUCGACCGGGCCGAAGAUCUACAAGUGCGAUAGCUGCGUGAAGACGUUUGUGCAUUUGAAUAAUUUGAAGGCUCACAUUUACGCGGAACACGACAACGACAAGCCGUUCAAGUGUAAGCUGUGCCCGAUUUCGUUCAAGACGAAGGAGAUCCUGGUGAUGCACAUGGUAUUACAUUCUCAGCACAAUACAACAACUUAAGCGUAUUAUGGCGACCAACCGGCUUGGCUUGGCUUAAUCGUACUACUACCGCAUCGUUUGACCGGGAAUAAGAACAAAAAAGAAAGUUAGAUGAAUUUAUCGUAAGACACAAACAAAGCAAAACAAAAACCUGACAACACAAACACAGAAAAUAAUCUCAUCCAAAAUUUCCUCUUCUCACAUAGAAAAAGAAAACAAACAGAAUACAGAAAUGUUAAGCAUGUACUACAAACUUGUAGUAGCAAAACAAAUACAUCUAGGCAACAAAAAAUAGGGAUGCUUCUAUUUAACAAAAGAAACAAGUGAAAGUAAAACACACAAAAUCAUGAUAGCAACAAAAUUUAAAUCUGAAAGAUACCUAGUAGAUAGUAAGAAAAAACUAGAAAAAAAUGAUGAUUUCAUUCUGUUUUCCUUUUUUUGUUAUCCCGUUUUUUAUUGUCUUUACGCAAACAAAAGUACUAAUAUAUAUAUUUUUUAAUGAUAGUUGAUAUAUUAUUUUUUCUACCAUACGGCUCGCUUGCAAUAAUUGCUUCUAGCAUAAAAAAAACAUAGAUAGAUAGUGGAUAAUUUUGUUUCAAAGCAAAGUUCGCGUUCAGAACCGGGCUGCGCUUGUGGUGCUCCUUUUUUGAAACCCCAUGGAAUGAAAACGAAAGAAUCAAAUCUCGCUUAUGUUAUUACACACUUUUAUUUUCUAAAUGUGUUUGUUUUAUUUUUAAAAUCAUUACAUUAAAAAACAAUACUCCUAAUUAGUUUACGAAC